GGGAGGUAAACAUGCCGACAAUCUUCGGAUUCAAAAACAAGCUAGCCAGUGUCUGUUUCAUGCUUCAUUGCACGACACAGGAGGUGAAGACACACAGCUCUUACGACGGAGAGUGUGAGUAUGUGUGGAUCUGGUGAAUGGAAGCUGGAUCACAUGACGGGAGGUUCAGAUGUUCUGCUGAUGUGUGGAUGUGUCUGAGUUGGAUACAUCCAAUCAAAGGAGUUUUCGCUAGGUGGGGUAUUCAGCAGAGAAUGACCCUCCCACGGACGGCACCUCACAAAUCGAUGCUGGUGGAUGACCUGCAGCUCAGCAGUGAUGACGACAACAUCACACCAGAACCACAUGGAACUGUCUGGGCCACUAGAGAAAGCUCUGCAGAGCAGCAGUGGUCACACACACAUGGCAGGAGGUUGAGGGCUCCCAACUCCAACUCCAACUCCAGCUCCAGCUCCAGUUCCAGCUCCAGCUCCAGAUCCGGCUCCAGCUCCAGGUCCAACUCCAGGUCCAGCUCCAGCUCCAGUUCCAGCUCUUCCAGGUCCUUCAGUGACUCGGGUGGCAGUGCCCAGCGCUCAUGCAGUCGCAGCCCAGAGGUUCACCCUGACCCUGGGCCCCCAGCCCCCACAUGGCCCCUGACCAGCAGCAUGGAGGAGAUAGAGCCACCCUCCCCAACACAGUGGCAUUUGAACCGGUGGCUGAACAAAGUGAGAAAAAGACAGGCCUCUGGCGACCAGGAGCAAAGCGUGGAGGCGGAGCCAGCCUCGAACCCGGACUCCGACAGCGUCCAAUCCCCCGGGGGAACCUGGAGGGGGGACCACAGCCCCGCGCCGAGGGACGUCCAAAGCCCCAACUACAGUCCCGCUCCCAGCCCCACUUUCAACUACAGCCCCAGGUCUAGCAGCCCCGACCUCAACUCCAGCGACAGCCGCCCUGCCAGUCCCGCUCUAUGCCCUGAUUUCACACCUCGCCUUCAGCCCGGCCUCUAUGCACGCCAAAGCCCGAAUCCUAAUCACAGCCCCAUGUCUCCUUCUCAGCCUGAUAACAGGAUGAUUGCCCAGCACUGGCCCAGUGCUGAGUCGAACCGCAGAUAUAGCACUAGUCCUAGUCCCAGUCCCAGGCCUUACCCUCAGCCUAAAUCUAGCCACAGCCCUAGUAACAGGCAUUAUUUUAAGACUAAAUCUAGCGUCAGUCCUAGUGCUAGGCAUCACUCUAAGCCAAAAUCUAGCCUCAGCCCUAUUCCAUACUCUAAGCAUAAACGUAGCGUCAGCCCUAGUGCCAGGCCUCAUUCUCAGCCCAAAUCUAGCCUCAGCCCUAGUCCCAGGCCGCAGUCUAAGCCUACAUCUAACCUCAGCCCUAGUUAUAGGCCUCACUCCAAGCCAAAAUCUAGCCUCAACCCCAGGUAUCACUCUAAACCUAAAUCUAGCCUCAGCCCUAGUUCUAGGCCGCAGCCUGAGCCUAAAUCUAGCCUCAGCCCUAGUUCUAGGCCUCACUUAAAGCCUAAAUCUAGCCUAAACCCCAGGCAUCCUUCUAAGCCUAAAUCUAGCCCUAGUCCUACUUCCAGACAUCAUUCUAAGUCUAAAUCGAGCCUCAGCCCAAGUUCCAGGCCUCACUCAAAACAUAAAUCUGUCCCCAACCCCAAGCCUAUUUCCCAGCCUAAAUCUAGCCCUAGUCCUCAGCCUCACUGUCAGCCUAAAUCUGGGCACAGUUCCAGGCUUCACUCUAAGCCUAAAUCUAGCCUUAGCCCUAGUCCCAGACAUCACUCAAAGCCUAAGUCUAGCCUUAGCCCUAGCCCCAGACAUCACUCAAAGCCUAAAUCUAGCCUUAGCCCUAGUCCCAGACAUCACUCAAAGCCUAAGUCUAGCCUUAGCCCUAGUCCCAGACAUCACCCGAAGCCUAAGUCCAGCCUCAACCUUAGUCCCAGACAUCACCCGAAGCCUAAUUCUGACCUUAGCCUCAGUUCCAGGCCUCAGCCUAAAUCCAGCUCUCACCCACAGCCUCACUCUCAGCCUAAAUCUAUGUCAAGUUCCAGACCUUUCUCUCAGCCUAAACCGAGCCUGAAUCCCAGCUCUAAUCCUACAGUGAAGUUACACGCCAAACCUUCCCAUUCCCAACAUAGGAAGCCCUCCUCUGGAGUGAUGGAGAGCGAGGUGGAUGGCCAGAAAAUGCCGCUUGCCUCCCAGAGAAAGGAGGUGCCAAAACAUCUUUGGGUUAGGGAAUCUGAGGAUGAGGAGGACAGGAGGAAGGAGAGGAAAGAGAAGAAGAGGAAAGAGAAGGAGGAGAGGAAGAAAGAGAAAAUGGGGAAGCAAGAGAAAGGGAAGGAGAGAGGGAAGACGCAUGAAGUCGAAGCCCCAGCCGUGCAGCCCAAAGAGAGGCUCCACAUGACCACCCAGAGGCCUCAGAAGCCCGUACCGGACCAGGAGCGGGAGAGGAAGAAAAAGAAGAGACGGAAGACUGAAGAGACCUCCGUCCCAGAGCCUAAGGCACCCCUGCCCCCCUCUCCUCCCCGCAAGCCCGUCAUAUCCCCCACGGACUCUUCCUCGGAGUCUGAACCCGGGCCCCAACCGACGUCCUCCACCACCACCGCCAAGGUCCUGGCGGACUCCACCUCUGGCCAGAGGCUGGGCUCCAGGGGCCAGCAGAGCAGAGCCGAGAAGCCCCGGACGGUCCAGCUGAAUUUGGGCCGCCCCAGGCCGGCCGACUCCACCUCCGGCCAGAGGCCCAGCUCCAGAGAGCAGCCGGGCAGGGCGGGAAGGCCCAGGAAAGCCCAGCAGAACUCGGGCCGCUCCGCCUGCUGGGCCGAAGAGACCCCGGUGGAGAAGCACGGCGGGCAGGGGCAGCACAAACUCUACACCCUGGUGCCGUUCGGCCGCACCGGGGGCACCCUUGGCCACGGGCGCUCGCCCCCCUCCUCCCAGUACUCCCGCGCCCGCAGUCUCAGGUCCCUGAGGGUGAGGAUCGACCUCACCCUCCUGCCGGGCCCCCCCGAGGCCACCCGCACCUCCCGCGCCCGCUCCUCCUCAUCCUCGUCUUCGUCAUCCUCGCUCAAGAAGGCUCGCCGGAAAGGGGGCGCCAAGCGUCUGUGCUCCCCUCAGUCGGACCAAAAGAGGAGGCGCAAGUAUGAAGAGGUAGAUCUUUGGAAAGAUGGCAAGCAGAACCACGAUCCCCCACCAAACUGGGCAGGUUCCACUGGCAAGACCCCUGUGGAAACUCACACCGACACCAGACUCAACAAAUGCAAAGAGGAUCGACCAGCCAAUAAGCGGAAGCCCCUGUCACCCCUCUCCCCUCUGACGGCUACCCCAGAGCCCCCCAAGAAUGUGGAGGUACCCCUGCCCCCUGUCAAGGCAAGAAUGGAAGAGCCACCCGUUCAGAAGACACAGACUGAGAUUCCGAUGGCCCGGCAGCAAGGCCUCCCCAAGUCUGUGUGCGAGUACCAGAGUAUCCGCCCCCCCCAAACCCAAACUACGGGCCACAGACAGGGUCCGUCCAUCAGGGACAUCGCCCUGCAGGUGGAGCGCUACAUGCUCGAGGCGAAGAGACUGAAGCAUCGGGCCGACUCCAUGGUGGACCGCUUCGGGAAGGUGCUCAACUAUGUGGACGCCGCUCUGUCUUUCAUGGAGUGCGGGAAGGCGGUGGAGGAAGGGCCCCUGGGGGCCAAGUCUCCCUACAGCAUGUACGCUGAGACAGUGGAGCUGAUCAGGUACGCACUGAGGUUGAAGAAAUACCAGGGAUCCAAGGCCAGUAACGAGGAUAAGCAGCUGGCGGUGCUGUGUUUCCGGUGUCUGGCUCUCCUCUACUGGCGAAUGUUCAGACUGAAGAAGGACCACGCCAUCAAGUGCUCCAGCGCCCUGCUGGAAUAUUUCAAGAGCACCCCCAACUCCUUCCUGACUCCGCCCCCCUGGAACGCCACAGGAAAGGACUCUGGGGUGCCCUCUUCCACGAACCCCUCGCCCCCCCUUCACUGCUCGCCCUCCGCCUCCAUCAGCAUUCCCCAGCACGUCCACCAGAUGGCGGUGGAGCACCUGGAGAUCACCAACAGCGUGCUCUACAGUUACGAGUACUGGGAGGUGGCCGACAACCUGGCUAAAGAGAGCAAAGAGUUCUUCAGCUACCUGAAUUCCCUGAUGGGGCCACUGACGCUCCAGAGCAGCAUGGCUCACAUCGUGCGCUACACCAGACAGGGCCUGCAGUGGAUACGCGCCAGCGUUAAGCUGACUUAACGCCCAAACCCCAGGUUUAAGAGCCAGCGUUAAGCUGACUCAACACCCAAACCCCAGGUUUAAGAGCCAGCGUUAAGCUGACUUAACGUCUGGACCCCAGGUUAAGUGGCAGCCUUGAGUUGACUUAACUUAACGUCUGGACCCCAGGUUUAUGGCCAAAGUUAAGCCGACUUAGCACUCAAAACCCAGGUUUAAGAGCCAGUGCUAAGUUGACUUAGCACCCGGACCCCAGGGUUAAAGCCAGCGUAAAGCGUACUUAGCGCCCAGACCCCAGGUUGGACGAGAGUGCGUGGAUAUUAAACAGCAGUACUGGGUCUGGUAUCUGGUAAGGCACUGUCCCAGUGUAUAGAUGGGCCCUACGGUCUGGUAUCUGUUAAGGCUCUGUUCCAAUAUGUGGAUUGGGACCCACAGUCCAGUAUCUGUUAAGGCUCUGCUCCAGUGCAUGGAUGGGUCCUAUGGUCUGGUAUCUGUUAAGGCUCUGUUCCAG